AUGUCCCUCUCUGUCCUCACCAUUCAAAGCGAGCUGGUCGCUUCUGUCUUUGAUCCCGCCCACAGACUGUGUCCAGAGUACCUCAAAGAGCUUGCCCUCACUUGCGCCGAGCCAAGCUCGGACAAGAGGUUUCUUCCCAAGGUCUUGCUUGGUAGGGUCGGCUACAGGACCAAGGGGCCUGAAGACGAUCUUUGGUUCUUUGACACUUUCACCUACAACGGUCAGGCUGUGAACCGAAAUGACCUUUGCCGCUGCUGGGCCAUCACUAUUGACAUGGUCUUCUUCCUCGAGUGGAUCACCAACAUUGGCUUUGCGGACAAGUUUGACCGCGCCCACCUUCUCGAGCUUAUUCCGCUGUACCAGGGUACUUCUGGAGAGACCGACUAUCUGCGAAAGAUGAUUGAGGAGAGCGAGUGCCCUGUCCGGGAUCUCUAUGAGGCUAUGGACUGCCUAGCCCAAGCCAUGACCAGAACCAUGCACGAGCUCCGUCUCCUGGAGAUCGACCAACAGCUUCUCCUUGCCACCCUCCCCGAGCACGCAGUCGUAUUCUUACAGGUCGCGCUCAACUACCGCCACGUCCUCCAGGAGGAAGAGGAGGCCAUCAUCAGGGAUUUUGGCCACCCAAAGGCAUCGACGGGUAAGCUGACGAUGCUGCACCACUACAUGAACCGAUACGUUGGGAUGGUGGAUAUUUUCUUUGCCUGGGGGUCGUUCCCUUCGCAGCAGUGGGCGUUGUGUGAAGUGAUGGAUGAUGUUGAGAUGAGGCCUCUCCAUAGGAAGGGGGCUAUCCGCGGCAAGAGCGGAAGACGGACUGUGAAGGGGAUUCAUAAGGGUCUUGCUUGUGUUGUGUAG